CGUCGUGGAAUUAAACUAAAACAUCUCAGCAUGAUUAGGCAAGCGAAGGGCAAGACCCCCCGCCGCCCUCCUCCAAAAAAACCUUCAAACAACCAAAAGGACCCUGUUGGAGUGUAUUGUCGAGUUCGGCCACUGGGUGCUGAAGAUGAGGAAUGUUGCAUUGAGGUUAUAAGUAACACCACCAUUCAGUUACAUGCUCCUGAUGGACUCAAAGCCAACAGGAAUGGGGAAUUCAAAGAGACACAAUAUUCCUUCAAAAAAGUGUUUGGAAUUAAAACGACACAGAGGGAAUUAUUUGAAGAUGUUGCUAAACCUCUUGCCCAAGACCUCAUUCAUGGAAAAAAUGGCCUGUUGUUUACCUAUGGCGUCACCGGCAGUGGUAAAACUCACACAAUGACAGGCUCACCGGGUCAGGGUGGGUUGCUUCCACGCUCUCUCGACAUGAUCUUCAACAGCAUCGGUCCUUACCAGGCCAAGAGAUAUGUUUUCAAGCCUGAUGAUAAAAAUGGCAUGGAGGUGCAGAAUCAGGUUGAUGCACUGUUGGACCGACAGAAGCGAGACAGUCAGACAUCUGUACCAAAGACCCCAAACACAAGACGAGUUGACCCAGAGUUUGCUGACAUGAUCAGCCCAGAGGAGGCUUGUAAGGCUGAAGGGGUGGAUGAGGACAGCAGCUACAGUGUCUUCGUUUCUUACAUUGAGAUUUACAACAACUACAUCUAUGACCUCCUAGAGGAGACCCCCUUUGACCCCAUAAAGCCCAAACCACCCCAAUCCAAAAUACUGCGUGAAGAUCAAAAUCACAACAUGUAUGUGGCCGGGUGCACGGAGGUUGAGGUCAAGUCAACAGAGGAAGCUUUUGAAGUCUUUUGGCGAGGUCAGAAGAAGCGUAGGAUUGCAAACACGCAAUUGAACCGUGAGUCCAGCCGCUCUCACAGUGUGUUCAUUGUUAAAUUGGCACAAGCACCACUGGAUGCAGAUGGAGACAAUGUGCUUCAGGAUAAGAAUCAGGUGAACGUGAGCCAGUUGUGUCUAGUGGAUCUAGCUGGUAGUGAACGCACUAGCAGAACCCGAGCAGAGGGCAACAGACUACGUGAAGCAGGCAACAUUAAUCAAUCUUUAAUGACUCUGCGCACGUGUAUUGAGGUACUGCGGGAGAACCAGAUGUGUGGCACCAACAAGAUGGUUCCCUACAGAGACUCCAAAGUGACCCAUCUAUUCAAAAACUACUUUGAUGGAGAGGGCAAAGUGAGAAUGGUGGUGUGUGUAAAUCCAAAAGCUGAUGAUUAUGAGGAGACGCUGCUGGUGAUGCGCUUUGCUGAGAUGACUCAGGAGGUGGAAGUGGCCCGGCCUGUUGACAGACCUAUCUGUGGCUUUGCUGCUGGUCGCCGACAGAGAAACCAGGCCUUCAAAGAGGAGCUGACCCGCAGGCUAGAAGAGCGUGGUGGUCCUGUAGAUGGAGAUUGUCCAACAGUAUUAAAUCAGUUACUUCAGGCAUUUCCUCCACUUCCUCCCUGUGAGAUCUCUGGCCCUAAUGAUGACGUCACUCUACCCAGACUCAUUGAGGCCUUGGAGAAGAGACACAAGAUUCGACAGAUGAUGAUUGAGGAGUACAAUAAAACUGCCACCAUGCUGAAGUCUGUUCUUCAAGAGCAGGACGGCAACAUUCUCUCCAAGGAGAACGUCAUCCAAGAGCAGCGUGGCAAACUUGGAGAAAAAGACAAAAUGCUCCAAAACCAGAAGAACGAGAUUGAUCGCCUGGAAAAGAAAUCCAAGAUGCUGGAAUACAAGAUUGACAUCCUGCAGAAAACCACCAACAUCUAUGAGGAGGACAAGAGGUCUCUGCAAAAUGAACUGGAGAGCAGAGAACAGAGGCUACAAAGGGAAAUGUCUGAGAAAAGACGCAUAGAGGCUCGCAUGCAGGGCAUGGUCUCUGACACCAAGCUCAAGUGGGAGAAGGAGUGUGAGAGGAGGGUAAACGCCAAGCAGCUGGAAAUGCAGAAUAAGCUGUGGGUGAAGGAUGAGAAACUCAAACAGCUCAAAGCUAUCGUGACCGAAGGGAAGACCGAGAACCGACAACCCCAGCGGCCCUCCAGAGAAAAGGACAAAGUGCCCCCUAAGAGAUCUGCUUCCCCGUCACCUGCUCCUACUGGGCCGCCGGUCCGGCCUCUACACAGACGCUCGCACUCCGCAGGUGGGGAGAGGUGGGUUGAUCACAAACCUACCACUAACGUGGACCUGGAUACAGUCAUGCAACCAAACAUCCCCAAUGCCAUCAAAGUGAACGCUCCCAACGAGAAAGCUCUGUCCAAGUGUGACAAGUAUGUUCUGACACAUCAGGAGGUGGCAUCAGAUGGAGAGAUUCAGACCAAGCUAAUCAAGGGUGAAGUGUUCAAAACUAGAGGUGGAGGACAGUCUGUUCAGUUCACGGAUAUUGAAACACUCAAGCAGGAAACGCCUGUUGCGGCCAGCCGUAAGAGGCGCUCAUCAGAGUCUGGCCCAGACAGUGAGCCUAUGGAAGGAAACUGGACUGAUGUGGAGACCAGGUGCUCUGUGGCAGUGGAGAUGAGAGCUGGCUCAAAUCUUGGACCUGGAUACCAGCAUCACGGCUAUACAAAACGCAGAAAACCUUGAGUGUGCUCUAGUAUUGCCAUCACAGCAGAGUCAUUUCCUCUCGAAGCCUCUCAUCACUGUGUGCAAUAGCAAAUUCACUUUAUAAUAUUUAACUUUUUAAAAUGCUUUUUUUAUGUAAAAAUCUUUUUAUAGAAGUCAAAACAGGUUCAUCAAAGCUGUUUUUAUACUGCAUAUUCUACCGGGGUGUUGCCAUGAAAAAUUCACCUGAAGUGUGGGUGUUAAGUGUUAUAAAUGUUUGGUUUUCUAACUGUCUUUUAGACACAUUAGGGUAUUUUCGUGUAUCAUUUUUAUAUAUAUGUUUGUGUAUACUCUUGCGUACAGGCAGUUAAGACAAUCGAAACAUUUGAAGGUGUUUAACCAACCUUUAGCAAUAGUCAUUCUUAUGACUUCUACAGGCAGCACCCUGAGAAAGCACUGUUUUCAUGUAGUUUCACCUGUAUGAUACUGCUGCACACAACUGUCAAUAAACAGCAUUUGAUUU